AUGUCUCAUAAUCAAACACACGGAGGCUUGGGAAUGCACUCUCCAGGCAGUUUAAACAUGGAUUCACGCAACAACUCCUCGGAUAAUACGCUACCUUCGCCCAGUCAGCAGCAUAGGGGGAUUCCGGAGAGACGUGGGAUCCGAUGGGCGCCUCUGAAUAUCGGUUUGGAAAGGCGUCUUCAGACGUUCGUUGUCCUAUGUCAUACUCUCACAAUUGCUAUUUUCUUGACAACUUUCUUCUUCAUGUGUGCUAUGCCUUUAUUCUGGCCGCUACUUCUGCCAUAUCUCGUCUAUAUUUCUCUUUUUUCGACCGCCGCAACCUCCGGAAACUUGAGCGGUCGCAGUCAGACCUUGCGUUCGUCUCGAAUUUGGUCACUUUAUGCCUCCUAUUUCCCUGCUCGAUUGCACCGUACCGAAUGCCUUCCUCCCACUCGGAAAUAUAUAUUCGGGUAUCAUCCCCACGGUAUCAUUUCUCAUGGGGCAUUUGCAGCGUUUGCUACAGAAGCUCUUGGCUUCUCUCAACUUUUCCCCGGAAUCACAAACACUUUGCUCACUCUCGACUCCAAUUUCCGCAUCCCAUUCUACAGGGAGUAUGCUAUGGCUAUGGGUCUUGCUAGUGUCUCUCGCGAGUCUUGUGAAAACUUGCUCACCAAGGGAGGUACUGAUGGGAAAGGAAUGGGCCGUGCCAUCACGAUCGUCGUGGGAGGCGCCCGUGAGUCUCUUGACGCACAGCCUGGCUCUCUUCGUCUUGUAUUAAAACGUCGUAAGGGAUUUGUGAAACUGGCCAUUCGCACGGGAGCAGACCUAGUUCCGGUGCUGGGAUUUGGUGAGAAUGAGCUUUACGAGCAAGUGAAUUCGGAGCAACACCCGAUUAUCCACAAGUUUCAGAUGCUUGUUAAGAAAACUAUGGGGUUUACGAUACCACUUUUUCACGCUCGUGGUGUAUUUAAUUAUGAUGUGGGAUUGAUGCCGUACCGUCGUCCACUCAAUAUCGUCGUCGGUCGACCCAUUCGGGUUGUUCAGCAUCAAGAUAAGAACGAUAUCGAUGACAACUAUGUAGAUGAACUGCACGCCAAAUAUGUGCAGGAAUUGCAGCGGCUCUGGGAAGAGUGGAGGGAUAUUUUUGCGGUGGGGAGAACGUCGGAGCUCGAGAUUGUUGCAUAG